UUCAGCUUUAAAUAUUAAAAAAACGACACUACCCGCCACAGGGAGUCGCCGUCGUUUUUGCGCCGGUGCCUCCGUCUCCGACGAAACCUCCGUCCUCUCACAAAAAUGGCGCGAACCGUCGGGUUCUCUCUGCCGGUGGCCGUCGUCGUCGUCGCCAUCGGCUACAUCUACUUCUCCACCGUCUUCGUAUUCCUAGACCGGUGGUUCGGUCUCUGGUCGUCGCCGGGGUUGAUGAACGCCGCCAUUUUCACGGCCGUCGCCGCUAUGUGUAUUUAUACCUACACCGUAUCAGUUUUCCGGGAUCCGGGUCGGGUCCCCGCCACGUACAUGCCCGAUGUUGAGGAUUCCGAAAACCCUAUCCACGAGAUCAAGCGCAAGGGAGGGGAUUUGAGAUAUUGCCAAAAGUGUUCUCACUAUAAGCCAGCUCGCGCACAUCAUUGCCGUGUAUGCAAGAGAUGUGUUUUACGAAUGGACCAUCAUUGCAUAUGGAUAAAUAAUUGCGUCGGCCAUGCAAACUAUAAGGUCUUCUUUGUGUUCGUUGUGUAUGCUGUUAUAGCAUGCCUAUAUUCCCUGGUGUUGCUAUUGGGUAGUCUAGCUAAUGAUUUUGAAAAGGAUGAGGAGCAAAGUGCAGACUCUUUUACAACUGUAUAUGUAAGAUUACACUUUGUCUGUAUUAGCCAUGCAUUCACUACCAUUUUCUCAUGUUUGUUCUUCUAUAAUUGUUUUCAGAUCAUUUCGGGGCUAUUGCUGUUUCCCUUGUGCAUGGCACUGAGUGUGCUUUUAGGUUGGCAUAUCUACCUCAUUUUGCAAAACAAGACCACAAUUGAGUACCAUGAAGGGGUAAGAGCUAUGUGGCUUGCAGAGAAAGGAGGACAAAUCUAUUCACAUCCAUAUGAUCUUGGUGCUUAUCAAAAUUUGUCAACGGUACUGGGUCCGAAUAUUUUUAGUUGGUUACUCCCCACAUCAGGACAUAUCGGAUCAGGACUUCGCUUCUGUACCGCCUAUGAUUACCCUUCCAGUGGUUCAACAUAAAACUGAAAUUUUCUUGGUCCAUCAUCUUGGGUUUGCACUGGUGAGAACGAGGCAUACCUAGUCUGAUGCAUUAUAUAGGGUCGAUGGUGCAAUGAUGUCUGGCAGUCCUUUUCAAAUGUCCUCCUGGGAGUUGCUCCAAAACAAGAGAAGCACGUUUCUGUGUCCCUUCCUAAUGCAAAUCAUGGUCUUUUAGAUCCUGAAAUUGUUUCCUUUCAAGUAACACGAUCUUGUGGGAACAAUGGAGUAUAGUCCUUGUCAAUAGCCAAACCUAGUCAGUCUUUGAGAAACUAGACACCAGUUAUAUCUCUCCUCUUGUUUCAGUAGUUACUCCAAAAUCAUAGUAUACACUUUACAAAUGGUCUCAGCGGAUAGAUUUGUACAUAGAGGGAAUCAGCACCCCUGCUUAACAUUCUGUUGUAGAGGAGACAGAGGGGUCUUUGUGUUCCUUGAAAGAGUUGUAAUCCUUUGUAUUUUUGUAACAUGGAAGUGAUGGAACAAUAAUGGAAGUGAUGAUUCUCUCUUUUGA